AAUGGGCUCGUCAACAAGGUCAAUGCUAGUAAUAUAAAGAAUAUUAUACCAGAACUAUUUGCAGAGAAUCUUAUUCGGGGAAGGGGUCUUUUUUGCCGUUCAUGUAUGAAAUCCCAGAUGGCCUCCCCCGGGUUCACAGAUGUAUUUGCAGCACUUGUAGCUAUUGUAAACACAAAAUUUCCUGAAGUGGGUGAUCUUUUACUGAGAAGGAUAGUCUUGCAGCUUAAGAGAGCAUAUAAGCGGAACGACAAGCCUCAAUUACUAGCUGCUGUUAAAUUUGUGGCACAUCUAGUGAACCAGCAAGUGGCUCAUGAAAUUAUUGCUCUGGAACUUCUCACUGUUUUGCUGGAGAAUCCUACUGAUGAUAGUGUUGAGGUAGCUGUUGGCUUUGUGACAGAGUGUGGAUCAAUACUUCAGGAUCUCUCUCCUAAAGGAUUGCAUGGAAUUUUUGAGCGAUUCCGUGGGAUUCUUCAUGAAGGAGAAAUUGACAAACGAGUUCAAUUUUUAAUUGAAGGCCUUUUUGUGGUUAGGAAAGCCAAAUUCCAGGGGUACCCCGCUGUUCGUCCGGAGCUGGAUCUUGUAGAGCUAGAAGAUCAGUUGACCCAUGAGAUAUCUCUCCAGGAAGAGAUAGACCCAGAAAUAACUCUUGAUAUAUUCAAGCCUGACCCUCAGUGUGUGAUUGACGUGAAUAAUGAGUAUUCAAUUCUUUCAGGUCCUGACUGUUGUGUUCAUAUACCAGUUUCUGAUUUAUACAAUACUAGCAAUUCACCUCUUUCCUUUGCUCAUGUUCAUCUUUGCAUGGCACGGAUUGUGCCAGAUAUGAAAUAUCUCAUUGUUUUAUUUAUGGAGUUGUGCAUAAUGCUCCUGGAAUGCUGCAGCCAGGAGAGGACUUACCUCCGUUAUUAUGGUCUUUUAGGCCAACGGUUUUGUAUGAUCAACAAAGUGUACCAGGAGAAUUUUGAGAAAUGUUUUGUGCAACAGUACUCUAUGAUUCAUCGCCUUGAAACAAAUAAGCUUCGUAAUGUGGCAAAGUUUUUCGCUCAUUUGCUUGGUACAGAUGCUCUUCCUUGGCAUGUUCUGGCAUACAUACGUUUAACUGAGGAGGAUACCACCUCCUCCUCCCGUAUCUUUAUUAAGAUUCUCUUCCAGGAAUUGUCAGAGCAACUUGGAAUCCGAUUAUUAAAUGAGCGACUUCAAGAUCCUACGAUGCAAGACUCUUUUGAAUCAAUCUUUCCAAAGGAUAACCCCAAGAACACUAGAUUUUCCAUAAACUUCUUCACAUCCAUUGGACUUGGUGGUAUCACAGAAAAUCUACGAGAAUACUUGAAGAACAUGCCACGGCUCAUCAUGCAACAACAUAAGCAAGUUUCAGAAUCAGAUGGAUCUGAGAGCGGUAGCUCAUCAGAUUCAUCAGAGUCAGAUUCGGCUUCAGAUUCAUCAAGUUCUGACAAAAGUGAAAGGGAGAAAAGUGGCAGUAAGAGACGGAGAAAAAAGUAAGGUUGUUUUCUCCUAGCGGUGAUUAGAGUAUUUCUUAUGACUUUUCCAUCAAUGAAUUUUGGGUAGUUUAUCAGUUGUGAAAA